CGUUUAUAAACGGGGCGGGCGGGCGGCGGCAUGCCAGAGAUUUGCCGAGCCGGCCGGCCCCUCCGCCGCCCGCCAUGCGGCGGCUCCCGUUCCCGUUCCCGCUGCUGCUCGCCGGGCUGGGGCUAGGGCUCGGGCUCGGGGGGGAACCGGAGCCGGCCGCCCCUUCGGGCGCGCAGUGCCUGGAGCACGACUGCUUCGGCAUCUUCUGGUCGGCGCGGCCCUUCGCGGAGGCCAGCGAGGCCUGCGAACGGGGCGGCGGGCACCUGAUGACCGUCCGCUCCACCGUGGCGGAGGACGCCAUCGCCCUGCUGCUGCAGAACCGCAGCGGGCUGCUGUGGCUGGGGCUGCGCUUGCCCCUGCCCUGCACCGACCCGGCCCAGCGCCUCCGCGGCUUCCAGUGGGUGACGGGCGAUCGCCGCACCGACUAUUCCAACUGGGCGCCGUCGGGGCGGCGGUGCGGGGAGCGCUGCGUGACCGUGUCGCGGGAGCUGCGCUGGGAGGAACGGCGCUGCGAGGCGCCGGCCGACGGCUUCCUCUGCGAGUACAACUUCGGGGGCAGCUGCCCGCGCCUGCCUGCCGCCGAGGGGCUGCCCGUCACCUAUGCCACCCCCUUCGGCGCCCGCGGAGGGGACUUUCUGGUCCUGCCUCCCCGCAGCACCGCCGUCAUCCCGGCCAUGGAGCUGGAGCUGCGCUGCGAGGAGGACGACGGCGGCGGGCUGCGCUGGGGCCGCGCCGCCCCGGGAGCCUGGCCCUGCCACCUGGCUAACGGGGGCUGCGAGGGGGCGUGCGGCGAGGAGGGCGGCCAGCCGGGCUGCUCCUGCCCCGACGGCAAGGUGCUGGGCCCGGACGGCCGCAGCUGCAGCUCUCCUUGCGCCGGAGCGCCGUGCCAGCAUCACUGCGUCAUCGCCGGUAGCACCUUCCUCUGCAUGUGUGAUUCGGGCUACCGGCUGGCAGACGACGGCAGCAGCUGCGAGGACGACGACGACUGCGCCGUGGAGCCGAGGCUGUGCGAACAGGUCUGCAUCAACACCGAGGGUGGCUUUGACUGCCGCUGCCACCACGGCUACGAGAUGGUGGACGGACGUUGCCAGCCCAUCUCCCACUGUUACAAGGCGCCCUGUGAGCAGCAAUGCGAGGACGUGCCUGAUGGGUACCGCUGCGGAUGCUUCCCCGGUUAUGCUGUCCACCCGGAGGCACCUGCCCGCUGCGUGCUGCACUGCAACCGCAGCCAGUGCCCGGCCGUGUGUGACAUGCACAAACAGUCCUGUGAGUGCCCCGAUGGCUUCUUGCUGGACGAUGAUGACAGCACGCAGGUCUGCGUGGAUGUCGACGAGUGCGACAUGAAUUUCUGCGAACACAACUGCACCAACCUCCCUGGCAGCUACAAGUGCCACUGCCACGCCGGCUACCAGCUCUUCGACAAGAACAACUGUGUCAAAAUCCUAGAAGAGGAUGGGGAGGAAACAUCCUCAGGGGAUUUCGUGCCAGGACCCCAGACUCCCGUCCCCAGCCGGACCCCGCCAAAGGUAGAGCACCUCCACCCUGGCGCACUGGUGGGCAUUGCCGUGGGUGUCCUCUCUGCAGCCCUGGCCCUCCUGGCCCUGGGCUACCACCUGGUGAAGAAGCGCUGCGGGCCCCCUGCCACCAUGGAUUACAAGUGCAGUGGUCCCCAUGAAAAGGAGAUGGGACUUCAGCCAGUUGCCUCGGGGUGUGCCACCUCCGGCCAGAAAUUGUAGGGAGACUGGGAUGGAUGGAGAGAGGGAAGUGGACGGAACUGGGUAACAUUUACUUUCCCCCCCACCGCCAAUUUUUUAAUGAUAAAGAGAAUUUGGGAAAAGCUGUGAUCACCCCCACCAAAACCACUCGCUGCUUUCCAGCCAGCUCUUGCAAUACUCACGCCAGAGAGGGGGGAAGGUGGAAGGCACGGAGCGCUUCUCCCUUUCUGCUCCCUUCACAGGCAGGGGAGGGCAUUCGGCUUUCCUUUUCCCAAGCCAGCGGCUGGGGGGGCUUCAAGGAAAAAUCGUGCGUGUGUUACAGGAGGUAUGUCUCCAUCUGGAACUGACUGUUUAAAUCCGCAUGGAUGUGGGGUGAAGGCACGCAUGCCACUGCCAGCCGAGUUAUCGGGGACCAUGGAAGGUCACUUGGCCCCAGUUUCCCCUCUCCUCAUCUGGGAAGCAUGCCGCCGGCCUGGAGAUGAUGGUUGCCCGGGGGUGGCGAGGAGCUGGGAUGCUCCUGCCUUUGUCUGAGCUCUGUUUUGUUUUUCUAAGACUGAUGGGUGAUGGAAGAAAGAGCAAAGAUCUUCUGGUCAGCACUUUGCCUUGCUCCUCUGUCCCUGUUUGCCUCAUCGGCAGAAAUCUCAGUUUUUGUUUCCCCCCAUCUUUUGCCUCUCACCUCUGGCAGCUGAGCACUCUUCACCUUAAAUCACUUGUGACAGUGAGGACCCUGCUGAGUGUCACCCCGUGAGGGCUAAAAUGCCUGAUUUCUCUUCCCUCUUACCCUUUUGGGACUUUUUUCGGGGGUGUGGAGGUUAAAUGGGGAUACCAAGACUGCCAGGGUAAUUUUUUCCGUGGGAGGAAAGGUCAUUUGCAGUGCUGGGGAGCCUCGCCUUCCCCAUGCAGUUUCUUCCACAUUUGUCUGCCGUUGUUGGAUUAAACUGGGUUGUUUGGGGUUUUUUUAUAUACCCACUUAACUGACCCCUCCUGUCAAGAGGGUUUUUUCCUUUUUUUUUCCUUUCAUCUUAUCCAGGGCUGAGUCUAAUCCGUGUUGAAGCUCGCAGCAAAACUUUC